AUGCCCGCGCCGCCCCUCUCCCUCCUGCAGUCCCUCUCCCCCCGCAUCGCCGUCCUCGCAGCAGACGACGUCACCACUUCCUCAGAGGCAAACGGCUGCAGAGGCCUCCACGAACUCCUCCGCCCCUGGGAGGGCGCCACAGACAGGGUCUCCAUCCUCAGCUCCACCCUCGCCCCCACCCUCCACCCCACCUUCCCCCUCCGCUUCGUCGCCUGGGACUCGGUCUACCUCAACCCCGCCCUCUCCUCCCCAGACCCACACCUCCUCGUCGAUACCAUCAGCAGCUUCGUCGCCGCCAAGAGUCCCGACGAGGAACAACACUACCCCUUGACUCGCUCGCUGCUGCUCUCUUCAAGACCUCUAGCCCCCUACGAAACUUUCAACCACCCCGUCGGUAUCCUCUUCGCCGUAUCCACAUCGACCCCGGACCCCCUCGGCACCCUCAGCAAGCUGCAGGCUAGAACAGUAGGAACGGGCUCGCAGAAUGUACCUUGGCUGGAUGGAGUGACUGUCCUGAAAUUCUACGUCGUAGUUCAUGAUGUCAGUCGGAUGGGAGAUGAUAUGGCACCGGCUCACGAGCUGUUGGCCAAUGUCAAACGGGCAUAUGGUCCUCACUCGACUCUUCUCGUCAUCAAUUCUCAGACUGAACAUCGCUCUGCACCUCCUUCUCCCGACACAUCCACGCACCCUACUAUACCUCUUCCACGACCGUUCACUCCCGAAGACGGCAACCCAUCAGCCUUGUCUCAAGUCUACGCCUCCGCCCUAUCGUCGUUAACGCUGUCGCCAAUGUCUGCCGCUGCGCACCUCCUGAAAAGCAACGACGGUGACCAACCAUUGGCUACACCAGGGAAACCUUCACGGCGGAAAUUAUACGGAGCCAAGUUGACAGCAGAAGACACUCAGCGUCUUGCAGCACUUGUGCGGGAGCUGGUCGUCCAAAGUCUGAUCCCGUGGAUGGAGGCGCGUAUACGAGAAUGGAAUGAGGUGUACCAUGCCAACAGGCGGGGUAUCACGGGCAGGCUGUUUGGCGCGGGCAGAAAGCUGUUUGGCAGCAGGCCUAACAGCCCAGCGACCGACGCGGGGGCUGCAGGGUACAAUGCUGCUGCCGGCUACUACCCCUUGACAGCUAUCGAAGGUCUAUCACGGCGUCUUGCUGAUUUCGCAUUCAUGCUUCGCGACUACCGUUUCGCGUCCAACAUCUACGACUCUUUACGAAAAGAUUAUGCGCAAGACAGGGCGUUCCGUUACGCCACUGCGGCCACAGAAAUGUACGGUCUCUGCCUCCUCCUAUCCCACUCAUUCUUCAAUCCCUCCGUCUCUCCCAAUCGCGAUCCCAUACCAUUCACCAAUCUUCACCAUACCGAAGUGACAUCAUGGCUGGAACAAGCCGUCGUGUCCUAUCAUCGUUCCGGUCCUGCCUCACAAAUACAAGUGGAUGCUUUGCGCAUUACGAUGCUCUACUAUGAAGCUUGGAAGGCUGUCAAGGAGUGGCGCGGGGUCGGCGCCACACUGGUCAAGGGAGCAGGGGAAGCAGACGAAGUGCCGAAUGCCGUCUUUAUUGAAGAGGCGGCAGCGGCGGAUCUGAGGAGCGGCAAGAAUGGCAGAGGAAAGCGAAGGAGUGCCUUCCAUCUUGUGCUGGCUGCAAGAAGGUAUGAGACUGCAGGAUUGAAAACAUACUCCCGAAGGUGUCUUGAGCGCGCCUCCGAGAUCUAUCGUACUGCUCCUUGGUCAGCAGCCCAAAAUCACAUUGAAUUCUCAUUAGGGCGACAGGCCUAUACCUUGGGGCAAAGUGACGUCGCUGUGGAACAUUUCUUACGGUUGCUGCGAAAGGAAGACACCACUGGGCUUGGUUCCCAAUCAGGGCCCCUGCAAGAUCUAGAGCUAGCUUAUGAGCAAUUGCAAGCUCAUCCGGAUUUGCUGAAAAAGUCGAAAGAGAAAUUGCAGCUUCCAACAGCUAUUUUCGAUCACAAACAGACAAGAAUCAGCGCGGCUUCAGUGUCGCCUGUGGUGUUUGGGACUAUGAGGCAGGAGUGGGCGCAUCUAGAGAAGCAGGCGCUGAGUCGAUGGAAUAGAAAGGGGAAGAGGCCGGCCGCGCUGUUGUCGGACGACAAGAAGCUUGUUGUCAGCGUAGGGGAGAGUUUUACGGUAGAAUUGACUGUAACCAAUCCUCUGGAUUCUCCUCUCUUGAUCUCAAAGCUCGAGCUUCAAUUUGAUCCGCCUUCAGCUGUCGAGAUGGAAUCUUACCCAGACAUCACUCUCGACCCAUACGAAUCACGCGCUAUCUUUUGCUCCGUGGCUGUCCCAACCUCCUACCCAAGCUCAGGUACCAUCAAGCUCCUCAGUGUCUCGUUCAAAUUCAACGGGUUUCUUCCAUGUACUCAAAACCUUGCCAAGAGAGGGAAACGGCUACAUGCGACAAAGGCACAGAGGUUGCAGCCUACGUAUGCAGAGGACACAUCGUUGGCGGUGUUCCUCUCAGCUGAGCGACCUCGAAUCCUUGCCGAAUUAGUAGACCUCCCCGAGAAUGUCUACGAGGGAGAGAUCGUGGAAAGCGCCAUAAGAAUCCGCAACGUUGGCAACAACAGUGUGGGAGAAGUGAGUAUGAUCUGGAGUGAGGGUGUGCUUGUUAGUAGAAAGGGUACCGAGCAUCAAGAUGCCUCGUCGAGAAUCGCCAAUCAUAUCAGUCUCAAUCAACUGGAAAGUCUUUACCAAGAGCCUUUGUCUUCAGGGGAAGAAGUCGAUAUACCGAUAUCAUUUUCGGGUUUGUCGCCUGGCGCCCUUGAUGUCAGAGGGUUGCUGGUGUACAGCGACGAGCAGGGGAAGAAGGAGACUUCGGCGACAGUGAUCCAUCACUCGCUGAAUAUCCACCCGCUAGCAGCUCUAACGACAAAAAUCAGUCCCGUAGGUAAAACCCUGGGCGAGUAUGCGGUGCUGGUAGAGGCGGAGAAUGUGUCUGCAGAGACCGUAAAGAUUGAGAGUCUGGCGGGGGCGGCGCCUGCUUGGGACGUGCAGGAGAUGAGCUUCGAAAGCCAUCUGCUGCCCAACCAAACUAUGCGGGCGCGCUUAACAGCGAAGCUGAACUUGGAUAAUACUUUCGACGUCACGCAGUCCGCCACCGUCAAGGCUCUCGGAGAGCUCAUCGAAGGCCGAGCUGCUGAUGAGACCCGCGCAGAUAUCACACCUACAGUGUCUCUGCUCGGUGGGCCUGCAGCUGAAUGUCUACCGUUCCUAAGCGCAUCUCGCCGAGCUUAUCGACUGACAUAUCUCCACACCCAUUUUCCGACCAUCCCCAUAGAUUCUCUGUCAGCUUUGUUUCCGCUGUUUGCUCCCCUGGAAUUGGAUAUUUUGAUCAGAUACUCCAUCUCCUCUCCUUCGAAAACGUCUGUUCGCCGAGGCUACCUCACCCUACAUGCUCUUCGCCUCUGCCCGGAUUUCUCCGCUGUUGAGAUACUGAAGAAGCAGGUGGAGGAAGCUAUCGUGAGCGGCACGAGGCAGACAAGGACAAUGUACGAGGAGACAGGACGACUGCGAAAGCUGUUGUUAGACAGCGUCUUGGACGGUUGCUUGGGCCAGGAAGAAAACCCUGUCGGCGUUGAGGUUGGGGUGGAAGAUGAAAACGAGGACGGUAUCAUUGAACAUGACUUCAGAGAAGGGCCUUGCAGCGUUCCAAUCAAUUUCACCGUUCGGAACCAUUCCCCUCUGCUUCCUGUCAGAUAUAUUAUCACGCUUCCUCCUCCACUUCCUCAGCACGCAUCCAAUACCUCCGGGCCGGCGUCCUUGACGUCUCCCCGCUUCAUCGGCCAGCUCUCGUACCGCGGAACAUUAGCACCGGUAUCAUCUGCGGUAGUGCAGUCUUCGCUAUGGCUCAGUGAUCCUGCCUUGGUGAAUGUGAAUGGGUGGAAGCUGGAAGUCGAGACCGGGCAAGAGAAGAGCAUUGCGGAGGGCAAGUGGGAGACUAGGAAGGGUUGGAGGAGCGAAGGGGAAUCAAAGAUUGUGGAGGUAGCUGAAGUGCGGCGGAAGAUAUAA